ACACCCAUUUUUCCACCGAGGCCACACCCCGCUAGCGCCGCCUGUCUUCCCCGUUCCCGCCGGCCACCGAUCCGAUCCCCGGCUCCUCGUUCUCUCCCAUCCGACCCACUAAAACCCUAAACACUAAAAAUGUCGCCUUUCUCAAUUAGCCGAGCGCGCCUUUUGUUCUCCUUCUCCCUCUCCAUCGUUCGCUAUCAAUCGCAGUCCACAUCCAUACCCAAGAAGCUCCAACGCGUCCGCGACCACUCCUUCGACAACCUAAUGGAAGUCGAAAAGAAGGUCCGGCGCGCACUCAAGCUCCAGGACCUCAUCCUCUCCCACCCCGGCGGCACUCUCCCUGUAUCCCUUCUCGAAUCCCUCGCUCGCCGCCACCUCCGCUUCUCUCCCCAGGAAUCCUCCUCCUUCCUCCUCCGCCACCCUCACGUCUUCCACGUCUUCGAACACCCCGUCCAGCGCGUCCUCCACGCUCGUCUCACCCCUCGCGCCCUUCAUCAACUCCGCCUCGAAUCCGAAGCCCUCUCCUCCUCCCUCCCCUCCGCCGCUCUCCGUCUUCGCCGCUUUGUUCUCCUCGCGGCACCUUCCUUCCGCAUCAGGCUCGAACACAUCCGCCUCGCACGCACCGAUCUCGGCCUUCCGGAGGACUUCGAGCAAUCCAUCGUGCUUUCCCACCCAUCUCUCUUCCGCCUCCUUUCCCCUUCCGGCCCCGAUGCUGAACCCCGCCUCAAGUUCGUCGAAGCGGUCCUUAAUCCCGACGAACCAUUCCCCAUCGCCGCCGUGGAGCUCGCGCGCGAGCGGGAGUACCGGGAACGGGGCUCCGAUGCGGAAGAUGCUCGCUUCGCCUUCCCCAUUCAGUUCCCUCCGGGCUUCAAAAUCGGGAAAUAUUACCGCGUUGCUGUCUGGAAGUGGCAGCGAUUGCCUUACUGGUCUCCUUACGAGGAUGUAUCAGGCUACGAUCUUAGAUCAUUGGAAGCCCAGAGGAGAAUGGAGAAGCGUGCGGUCGCCACCAUCCAUGAGUUUCUAUCGCUGACCGUGGAGAAAAGGACGACGCUUGAGAGGAUAGCAAAUUUCAGACAGGCCAUGGGAUUGCCGAAGAAGUUAAAGGAGUUUCUUCUUCAGCAUCAGGGAAUUUUCUACAUUUCGACCAGAGGGAAUCAGGGGAAGUUGCACACAGUGUUUCUUAGAGAGGGUUAUAGAAAAGGUGAGAUUUUGGAGCAAAAUGACGUGUAUUUGGCUCGGAAAAGGCUCAGGGAGCUGCUGCUGAUCAGCUCCAAAAAGGCCAAUUUUGAUAGAAUGCUGACGAGCCUUGGGAGGCAAGGUGACGGGCCUCAGUGUGUGCCGGCAUUGAAUAGAAAGGAGUUCUUUGGGGAUGAUGAUGCUAUAUAUGGUGGCGAUGAAGAGGGCAGUGGAUCAGAUUCUGGGGUGGAGAGUCAGUUCAUUGAGUGAGGAUGGAUGAUGAUUGUUUUUGUGAGUAGAUAUACAGCUCAAACUGGAUUCCUGAACUCUUAAAAAUUCUUAAUCUGAAGGAACGAAAAUUGGAUGGAAAAGAUGGAAUUGUGUGCAGAGAUCCAUUGCUCGCUAUGCUGCCAGGAACUCUCUCUCUUUUGAUCAUGGCAAGCUACAGUAAGUAUUUGUAGCUGCUGUUAUGGAAGACUGGUGCAAGGAAGGAACUCAAAUGAUACAGAGAUGCAGGAAGGUAUGACUCAUAUAUCAUAAAUGGGACAGAUGCUGGAGCGGAGCGGAGCCAACGAGCGGAGUGGAACGAAAAGAUCUGUCCAAUCGGGGGAGUUUCAUUAUGUGGGUUAGGGGUGCG